AUGCUCUUUUGCCUCUCAGUAGGAGCGAUGGAUGAAUGGAGGAUUGUGCUUCUUGGGAAAACAGGUGAUGGUAAAAGCAGCACUGGAAAUCUGAUACUGGGUGAAAAAGUAUUUGGUACUGAUUGUUCACCCAACUCGCAAACUCACGAAUGCAACUUAAAGACAAAAUCCAUGAAUGAGAAGUUAAUAACAGUCAUUGACACACCUGGGCUUUUUGACACUAGUCUCACUUCAGAGGAACUAAACUCUGAAAUAUUACGAUGUGUUACUGAGUGUGCACCAGGCCCACAUGCAUUUGUGAUUGUGCUCAAAGUUGGAAGAUACACAAAGCAUGAGAUUGAAACUGUGAAAAAAAUAACAGAGUCAUUUGGAGAGGAUGCACUAAGAUAUGCAGUGGUGCUCUUUACCUUUGGUGAUCAACUCACUGAGGGCCAGAUGAUUGAAGACUUUGUGAAGCAGAGUACAGAGUUACAGCAGCUUGUGAAUAAAUGUGGAGGUCGUGUUCAUGUCACUGAUAAUAAAUACUGGAAUGGGCAACAGGAUGAGUACAGGAGCAACAGGGUUCAGGUGGAGAAGCUACUGAACACCAUAGAGGAGAUGGUGAGGGAGAAUAGAGGAGAGUGUUACACCAAUGAGAUGCUACAGCUAGUACAUAAAGUUAUACAUGCAGAGUGUAAGGCUUUAUGUGAGGAAGGUAAAGAGGAAUCAGAUAGCAUUGUGAGAGAACAAGCAAAGAAGAAUGUUCAUACCAACCUGUUAACAAGGUUAGUGGGGAUGGGAACAGGAGCAUUGACAGGUGCUUUCCUUGGCCUUGAGGCUGGAGCCUUAAUUUCAGCGAGCGUUCCAGCAUGCACAGCAGGUAUACUUGGAACAUCAAGUGCAGCUGGGGCAAUAGCAGGAGUGAUUAGUGGUAAUCAAGGAGCAGAUGGGGCAAAGACUGUGGAUGUUGCAAUGAAAAUGGCAUAUAAAGAAACAGUUGAAGGUGCAAAAGAAGUAAUAAAUAAAAUUAAAGAACUCUUAUCUUAA